UAUGAGAUCUCUGAAGUGGAGCAUUCUCUACAGCUUUCAUUUUCUUUAGUAUUGGAUUUCGUUGUUUAAAAGUAAGCCUUAAGUAGCACCAGCUACUGUCUGUGCAUCUGAAUGUUUACGGCAAUAACAGAAUAUCAAAAAGCUGUCCCUUCCUUUUCUCUGCUCCCUCAUAACAGAAUGGUAACUUGAGAUGUAGAGGAUUUGAGUUGUGGCUUUUGUAGAGCUUGAAUUGGGGAUUCUUCACAUGCUAGAUUUUUAGGACUUCAACAAAUUAGCAUCAGUUCCUUCAGGUCUGACAGGGAUAUGGGAUCAAUUGCAGAUCCUUAGAAGCAGAAAUAGUUAUUGUGGAAUCUAACCCUGGUUUUGUUCCAUACACUGAAGUUCAAACUGAUGUCUGUCAACAGCUUCUAGAAAAGUUUUCCCUGCACAGGUCACAUCUAACCUCUGAGACAAUUCCUUGUAAUGUUGUGAUUUCCUAGCAAUUUAUCCAAUUCCAAGUGCUACAGUAUUUUAAAGUAUUGAAAAUCAAGCUGAGUAAGCUGAGAAAAAUUGAGUUAUAUUUAAAUUUGCGAGCAGAGCUCAAAGUUAUGUAAGAUAAAAAGAGAUAAAAGUUCCUUCUCUGUGCAGAAUUCUUCAGCCAAGCAUCAUUUGGGUUUUUUGAUAAGGGACUUCAUCUUUCAGCCACAAAAGAAAUAAAUUGGGGGCAUUAGGAAGAAAAUGCUGAACUCAAUUUUCUGUAUUAAAUUGCCAGAUGUCUAAUCGCUGUCUGGUCAUCUGAGCACAGAUCAAUGUGUACUGUUUCCCAUUCUAGGACUUUUAUCUUGUAUCCUGCAUUAAAAUCAAUUUACAUGAUCACAAAUUUGACUCUAAACUACUUAUAUUGAAUAUAGUUGUCCUCACUUACUAAAACUGUAGUGAACUUUCUCAGGGCUUUGAGAAUAAAUCGUCCCACAGUAAAAGCCCUGAACAAAUAUUUGAAGAAAUCUUGAACCUGUAGAACACGUGUCCAUUUCUAGUUAGUGUCCAUGUAGAGAGUGAUUAAAAAGCUCUAACAGUUACUCUGUUAGAGUGAGCCUCUUUUUCAGGUAAUUAAAAUCACCUCAUUUCUGUUGAUGUAUUUAGCUCCCAGAAUUGGACAUUAGUUGGAGUGGGCUAUGAGGGUUAUGGAAAAACUGAAAUUGAUAGAUUUAGCCAAGAACAAGUGAGCUAAAUAGGCUGACAGAUUAAAGUAGUGGAAUUUGAUUAUUUCCUGAUUCCACAAUCACCUCUGAGAAGAGUGGUUCAAAAUAAGGUAUCUGAUAUAACUUGAUCAAACUUUUAAACGUCUGGUACAUAACAUUGCAUCCUGCUUACUUUGUUCUCAUUGCCCAUGUAUAGUGAAGAAUUUCCUAAUCCUAGGCUGAGUACAUGGCCACUUGUGAAGACUAAUCCUCUCCAAGCUCCCAUUCAUAUUUGCAAGUUAUUUACAUAUUUGUGCUCUUUUCCUUGUGGAAACUAAUGCUUCAUGCUGAGGGAACAGAAAAGAGGGAGGGGAUGCUGCAGAAGUCUCCUCUUGUGAUGACUCUGCAAUAAAGCCCUAACUGUCCCUUUCUAAUGGCACAGUAGAUGCCAUUAGGCUGUCUCCAACACUAAUUUGAGGUGGACUCCUGGAACUGGCUAGCUCUUUAUACAGUAUGACCUCUGGAAAGCAGAUGCCAGUUCAGGUUCUAGGGAAAACUCUAAUGUGAUUACCUUCUGAUUGAACUGAACCAUUCUGAGAGCACCAUGUUUCAGGAAAGACUCCUGAAUGGUGAGUAACCUUGACUGUUCAAGAAAAAUCUGAGAGUGGUAUUGAUGUAGAACAUGCUUGUUCAGAGAAGCCCUCUGUAAAUGAUUUUAAUGCUAUUCAGUAGUUACAUAUUUAGCUGUAGUGAAUAUGUUUGGACUUCAUUAAUUUCCUUGAAAGUAAUAUAAAGUAAUAGUAGUUUCCAUAUUGUCUUGUUUUAAACUUAUAUAGUAGUGUUAUGGGAAGUACUUGCUGAAAGACCAUCGAUUGUUGUUAACUAUCCUUCUUCUAUAGCUUCUGAAAUACUGUAACUGCAGAGCUUGUGUAAAUCAUUAGUUUGUUGUAUUGUAUUUAAGGCAGCUGGUGUUGCUUAACUGUAUUCCAUUAAGUUCAUAUUUCCACCGUUGUUUUGGACAUGUUAGAGCUUUGGAACAGGAAGGUAUGCACAUGGUUCUGUGAAUGCAAUGUUUGUGUUCAGAAGGUGGAGAUGCUGGCUGCCUUUAUGGGCCUCUAAAGCUAGUCUGGUUUAAACAGUCAAUGCUGGAAUUGCAACAUAAAUAGCAGCCACAAACUGUCACUAAUUCUAAGCAGAUAUUUGCUUUCUCUUCUCCUUACCUUCAAGCCCUUUAAAGGACAAGGUUUAUAAUACAUCUUGAAUUUUUAAAUGUGCAGCUCUAUUAAAAGCAUGUGCCAUUGAGGAUUCAGUUGCUGAGGGUAUGGUUUAAUAUUCUGAAACUGCUUUACAAUGACUCUUAACAACCGUAGCACAAUACAGUAUGCAUGGAACUUGUUAAAGUUUUGCUAGUAUACUGUGGUUCCUGCUGGGAGACCUUUAACUGACAUGGGCAGUUCAUUCUAAGAAAAAUCUUGUAUUUGCACAGCCAGUGGUACACUGGACAAACAGCCAAGAAGACCCACUCUAAAUAAGGAAAUUCUAGCCACAAGAAAUUUGGAAAAUAAGGUAAUAAGCAGAAGAAGUGCUUUGCAACCUUUAUAACAUGCCUCUUCCAAUAGUCCUUCUAAGGCUUUUAUGUACUCUGUAAUGUGUCUCAAGUGCUUCGGCUGGAAGAAUCUCAUCCCAGAUGUAAUGCAGUGGGACUUAAUUUUCUCUUAAUUAAAAACAUUCCUCUGAGCUUAUGGUGCAUUGAAAUUGUUUUGAAAGACUGGGGAAUAAUAAAAAUAUAAGUGAAAAUCAGCUAUUUACAUGAGUGUCUUGGUCUCAGUGGCACAUCCUUUUGAAAGACUUUGGAAUUGUUGAAAAUGUGGUGGUCAGAGGUCAGAUGGAUACUAGUGCUGUAGCUGUCACAGAUCCAAGACAGUGUUGAGACUUUUAGUUAACUGUAGCUGGUACUUCUACUCCCUUUGUUCUGGUGGUUGCAGGUUAAUAACUUUAAAUUUCAUCCUCUCAUUGUGUUUGCUUUUUCUCAUUCAUAGAGGUCGUGUAAUAAGGGAGAGUCUGUACAGUCUCAGAAGGAAAAUGACUUGCAAUGGGAUGAACUCCUCCAGGAAAUGAAUUUGCAGAGUUCCCACAGGGGGCAGAAGCCAUGGUUCUGGAAAGUGUUAUGUUUGCCAUUCUUGCAGAGAGAGCACUUGGGCCAAAGCUGUAUGGAAUCUUCCCACAAGGGCGACUGGAGGAAUUCAUUCCCAGCAGGAAACUGAGCACUGAAGAACUAAGCUUACCUGACAUAUCUGCUGAAAUAGCUGAGAAGAUGGCCAGAUUUCAUGGCAUGAAAAUGCCAUUUAAUAAGGAACCUAAGUGGCUUUUUGGAACAAUGGAAAAGUAUCUAAAUCAAGUGCUGAGAAUUAAAUUUACCAGAGAAUCCCAAACCAGAAAACUAAACAAACUUCUCAGUUACAAUCUCCCCCAGGAAAUGAAAAAUCUAAGAGCAAUGCUUGAAGCUACUUUUUCACCAGUUGUGUUUUGCCACAAUGACUGUCAAGAGGGUAAUAUCUUACUUCUGGAAGGCAGAGAGAGUUCAGAAAACCAAAAGCUGAUGCUCAUUGACUUUGAAUACAGCAGCUAUAAUUACCGAGGAUUUGACAUUGGAAAUCACUUCUGUGAAUGGAUGUAUGAUUACUCGUAUGAGAAAUACCCAUUCUUCAAAGCCAGUGUUCUUAAAUAUCCUUCAAAGAAACAACAGCUUCAUUUCCUCUCUAGUUACCUGUCUGCAUUCCAUGAUGGCUUUGAAAAUCUGAGCAAUGAAGAGAAGUCCAAACUAGAAGAAGAAGUGUUGGUAGAAGUUAACAGAUUUGCCCUUGCAUCACACUUCUUCUGGGGUCUGUGGUCUAUUAUACAAGCAAAGAUCUCAUCCAUUGAGUUUGGGUACCUGGAAUAUGCGUUAUCCAGAUUUGAUGCCUACUUUGAUCAGAAGAGAAAGCUGAAGGUGUGAAUGUGGGAGGAGUGGCCUGUUGGUUACUGUAUGAAGAGGGCAGCUGGACAGAACUUUCACUGUGCUUAGGCUACUGUAUCUCUAAUGAAGGUGUCACUGAAUUCCAGUUCCUGGGAAUGCAGGUGUACAGUACUGAGGACUAUAAAAAUUACUUGUUUACAGUUCCGUAAAUAGUUGGAAUGAGAUUGGGAGGCAAAAGUAAAAUACAACCAUGCAAUAUCUUUAAAUCUUUUCAAUCUAGAAGCUAUUUUGUAUUAUGGGAGAAGCUUACAAUUAAGUGUCAAUACCACAUGCAUCAGAGCAAACUUGCUGUGGGUACAUUUUUGGGGGGGUGUUGGCAUUCUGGUUUUUGUUGUAAGCAGAACAGCUGUAAAAUCUGAUUGUAGACAUUGCCUCUUAAGGAGAAGGAAAAGCAAAGGAGACAACUGCUAAACUGUGAAGUAGGCUUAAAAACUUACUGUGAGUUGAAGUUCACCAUGCCCCAAGAACACUAUCUUCAAAGCUGCUGAUACCUUACAUCACUUUAACCAGAAGCAACUAAACACAUUGAAGCAGUGUGCUUUAAAGUGUUAGUGACACACACAUGAAUGUUUCUCCUAGGCUGGUUUGCCUGGGAAGUGAAGUAUGAAUGAGCUUUGAACUUGACAUUCUGAAGGAGUUUAUUUUGAACUGUUUGUUCCAUGUUGUUCAAGAACCCAGCCUGGUUUUCUUAAAAUGCUGUGUCCUGCACAGGGGGUUCUGUGGGCUAGCAGUACUGGGAAGAGUGCCUUGAAUUGCUCUAGCAGCUCCCCAGAUAACUGGAUUGGCAUUGACAGUACUGAUAAUUGAGGCCUGUCUCUCUUCAUGUGUUGCCACAGUAUAUGGCUGUAAUGAAUAGUAAAGCCAAAGACUGUGGAGAACACUUCAGGAAAUCGCUGUUCUGCCCAUCCAGUUCUUAUGUGGCUUGAGAGGUGCUUUUCUUGCACCUUCAAUUCUCAUCAUGUUCCAGGAAUCCAGUAAAGUGGAGCAUCUUGUGGGGAACAAUAACAUGUAUAUUGAAACUUGAGUAUAAUCUGUGUACAUGCCAUCUAAAGAUUUCUUUUGAUUUUUGGGAGCUUGUUUAUUUUGAAUGUUACUUGUUUGUGCUUUCUAACACACUGUAUUAUAAACAAACUUCUAAGUUUACUCUUUUUGACUUGUAUAGCAAAUACUGUUUGAAGCGGCUGAAGAAAUCUGCAGCAUUUCAUGUACUGUAUAGCAGAACUUGUAAAAGCUGUCAUGUUACUCUCUUGUACAGAGAAUCAUUUUCCAUAAGUUUAGUUAUUAAUACUUUAUAAUAAAUAUAAAGCACUUAAAAACA